GCUAGGCAGCAUCGAGAAGCUAGUGAGCUCACUCACUCAAUCGCGCUCGCCAUGGCCGCGUCCACCGCCGUCAGCUGUCUCUGCCUCCUCCUCGUCGCCGCCGUGACCUUCUCCGUCGCGGCCGCGGCGCCGGCGCCGGCACCACCCCCGCCGUUCCGGACGGUGUACGCGUUCGGGGACUCGUUCACGGACACGGGCAACACGCACUCCACGACGGGGCCCUACUCGUACGGCUACGUCUCCAACCCGCCCUACGGCGCCACCUUCUUCCACCGCUCCACCAACCGCUACUCCGACGGCCGCCUCGUCGUCGACUUCCUCGCCACCGACGCGCUGGCGCUGCCCUCCUUCCUCCCGCCCUACCUCUCCCUCGCCGCCCCCAACGCCAGCAGCAAGAGUAGCAAGUACUACGGCGCCAACUUCGCGGUGGCCGGCGCGACGGCCAUCGAGCACGACUUCUUCGCCAAGAACAACCUGAGCAUCGACAUCACGCCGCAGUCCAUCAUGACGGAGCUGGGGUGGUUCGACGCGCACCUCAAGACGCGCCAAGCCAAGAAGGAGGAGAUCGGCGAGGCGCUCUACUGGGUGGGCGAGAUCGGCGCCAACGACUACGCCUACAGCUUCAUGGCCGCCGACUCCAUCCCGCCGGAGCGCAUCCGGACCAUGGCCGUCGACAGGGUCACCACCUUCCUCGAGGGGCUGCUGAAGAGGGGGGCCAGGUACGUGGUGGUGCAGGGGCUGCCGCUCACCGGCUGCCUGCCGCUGGCCAUGACGCUGGCGCGGCCCGAGGACCGGGACAACCUCAGCUGCGUCGCCUCCGUCAACAAGCAGAGCAUGGACCACAACCACCACCUCCAGGCCGGGAUCCACCGGCUCCGCCAGGCGCACCCGGGCGCUGUCCUCGCCUACGCCGACUACUACGCCGCGCACCUCGCCGUCAUGCGCAGCCCCGCCAGGUACGGCUUCGCCGAGCCCUUCAAGACCUGCUGCGGCUCCGGCGGCGGCGCCUACAACUUCGAGAUCUUCUCCACCUGCGGCUCGCCCGAGGUCCCCGCCGCCUGCGCCCACCCCGCCCGCUACGUCAACUGGGACGGCGUCCACAUGACCGAGGCCAUGUACAAGGUCGUCGCCGGCAUGUUCUUCCGCGACGCCUCGGGCACCUUCAUCCGCCCAUCCUUCGGCUCCCUGCUCGCCGCCGCCAGGAAAGGCCACGGCAACUGAGCGAGCGCCAGCAUCAUCAUCAUCAUCAUCAUCUUCAGCAUUCAGCAGCAGCAGCAGUCUUGUGGUGGCUGUUGUAAUUCAGUUGAACUGUGACCAGCACCUUGUUCUGAAUCCAGUGUGAUUUGUGAGACAGAUGUAGUUGACGCUAUGGCGACCAACAGCGAAUUUUAAUAAAGAGUAUCCUAGAGUUUCAUCA